AUGUAUCCACGCGGAAACCACUGGGCUGUGGGUCAUCUGAUGGGAAAGAAGAGCGUCAAAGGUGCGGCCUCUCUGCAGCGCGCUGACUACGAACAUGACGUCAUCAGAGCCUCGCGCACAGAGGAGGCCGCGCCGCGUCUGCAGCGGAGGACGCACACCCUGCAGCCUCUGCGCAGCCGCUGGAGGCGAGAGAACCUGUAUCUACGAGAGAUAAUCGACUUGCUGCUUAUGGCUUUAAAACUCCAGGAGAAUGGAUCGAUCUGA